AUGUGCGGGGCCUGGUGGAGGCUUGAGAGGAGCAGAUUUGGGGAUUGUGGGGGUUUGAAAACCUGGUCCAUAUGGUGGAGGAGUGGAAAGAGCACCGAGAAAAGAAGGAACAAGGGUCGUGCUAAAAAGGGCCGCGGCCACGUGCAGCCUAUUCACCGUACCGACUGUGCCCGUCGCGUGCCCAAGGAUGAGGCCGUUAAGAAGUCCGUCAUUCGGAACAUCGUAGAGGCCGCAGCCAUCAGGGACGUUUCCGAAGCGAGUGUUUUCGACGCCUACGUGCUUCCCAAGCCGCAUGUGACGCUGCAUUACUGCGUGAGGGGUGCCAUUCACAGCAAGGCAGUCAGGGAUCGCUCUCGGGAAGCCCGGAAGCACCGAACGCCUCCACCCCGAUUUAGACCUGCGGGUGCUGCCCCACGACCUCCACCAAAGCCUAUGUAAGGAGCUAAGUCCUUUCGGACUAAAGAAAAAGCUGUUCCCUGGAAAGACAAUGAAGUGGAAAUUAUACUUCAAAAAAAAAAAAA